AUGUCAGAAGAAACAAUUAUGUCAGUGAAUGAUCAGGCACUUAUUAAAACUGAACCGCUACAAUAUUCACUGGAAGAUAUUAAACGUGAAAUUGAGGAUGAAUUUGAUGUCCCUAAUGCAAUUGUUAAAUCUGAAUCAUGUUCUGAGGAUAAUGACACGUGUUUAGAAAGAUUCAUGAAUUCCGAGGUGACAAUUGAAGAUGAAGUCAAGCAGGAGUCUUUUGAUUGUAAUAUUUGUAAUCAAUCAUUUGCAGAAUCACAUCAUCUGACAAAGCAUAUGGUCGAUCACAUGCCUAACUAUAGCGAUGAAUGUCCGUUUAAAUGUAAAAUCUGUCAAAAGACUUUCAAACAAUCAAGUGUUUUGAAAAGUCACAUGCUUAUUCAUAGUGAUGAACGUCCCCAUAAAUGCAAAGAAUGCAAUAAGACAUUCAAACGAUUAAGUCAUCUGAAAGAUCACAUGGUCAUUCACAGUGGUGAGCGUCCCCAUGAGUGCAGUAUAUGCAAGAAGACCUUCACGCAAUUAGGUAGUAUGAGAAGUCACAUGCUUACUCAUAGGGAUGAACGUCCACAUGAAUGCAAUGAAUGCAAUAAGACAUUCAUACGAUUAAGCCAUCUGAAAAGUCACAUGUUCACUCAUAGUGGUGCUCUGAAAACUCACAUGCGCAUUCACAGUGGUGAGCGUCCCUAUGAGUGCAGCACAUGCAAGAAGACAUUCAUACAAAUACAUCAUCUGAAAGAUCACAUGCUCACUCACAGUGGUGAGCGUCCCUAUGAAUGCAGUAUAUGCAAGAAGACAUUCAAACAUUCAAGUACUCUGAAAUCUCACAUGCGCAUUCACAGUGGUGAGCGCCCCCAUGAGUGCAGCACAUGCAAGAAGACAUUCAUACAAAUGAAUCAUCUGAAAGAUCACAUGCUAAUACACAAUGAAGUAUUUCCUCAUGAAUGCAAUACUUGUAGUAAGAAAUUCAAGCAAUUAAGAUCUCUGAAACAACACUUGCGGAUUCAUAAUGGAGAGACUCCUUAUAAAUGUGAAAUAUGCAAUCAGGGAUUUAAUCAACCAGGCAAUUUGAAGAAACACAUGGCACUUCACAGUCGGAAGAGUAAUGAAAAUCAAUGA